UUCCACCUAAAUUUAUUGCGCCGUCAUUCUAGGUGCAGUUAUUAACGUUUCUGCUCUCUCUUCUUCUAUUCCCUUUACUCUAACACCAUUACGCUUUCCCUUCGGGUUCUAUAAUUAUUACCGGCAACGUCCCUCUACAAGCUCCUACUACUCACCAGUUACAUAUAUCGCUAGUGAGCUCGACAAUCUCUCAAGAGAUCGGUUUAAUAUAUGCGCAUCGAAUAGCUUAUAGAGCUGACACUCGUCACGGCCCAGUCUCGUGGAUUCUCUUAGUGUCCGAAGAAGAAGAAGAAGAAGAAAAUCCUGAUAUGGUCUUUGGCCGCUGUACUGCUCUAUCUCGGAAAGUGCGCGUUUAACAGAACAACAUAAGUCAACCGGGGGACUAAGUCUCGAAACAUACCCUGUGUCAGACACCACCAUAGAUCACUUCCUAAUUACUACGCGGUUACUGCUCUCGUACUUCGCUCUGGCGCCUCAAAGCGUCUGUUAACAUAGCAUGGCAGAAGAUCGUCGGCAUAGAGGACAGCAACCAAGUCACGACCAAAACGACGAGACUGUGUAUCCUCACGAGUCUGGGUUUUUACCUGAUGAGGAAGAAGUUCGUACGAGAGUAAUUGCCUAUCAUUCCCGGCCACAAAUGGCGUCAGGAGCAGUAAGAUUGCCCGCUAUACAAGAUCCCUAUGCUCAGCCUAAUGGAUACCCUCUUCCACCCGGCGCACCGGCGCCUCCAAGUACUGGCUACUCUCCGCCAACUGUUGGCAACGCCUACCCUCCUCCUCCGUCCAGCCUUCCGCCCUGCCUUCCGCCCUAUCUUCCUGCAGUCCACGCCCCAGCUCCAGAUCCCAGAGCCAGUUAUCCGCCUCAAGAUCCCAUGGGACAAUAUUUCGCUAAUUACAACUCCCCACAUCCGUACGAGUUCCAAUUCCGGAGUGACCGCGGUGCCGUAGGGCAAUACCCCGAAUUUGCGAGAGGUGGGCCCGUAGGAGCUGGUGUGAUGCAGCAGUCUGCCCCUCGCCAGCGGACCUCAAUUGCCUGUAGAUACUGCAGAAGAAGGAAGAUUCGUUGUAGUGGAUAUCAGAACUCCCCAGGAGGAAAAUGCACGAACUGUAUCAAGAUGAACCAAGAUUGUGUUUUUCAACCGGUCUCCUCUUCCUCGUCCACCGCGUUUGUUCCCGUUUCAGCACUGACAAACGGCAUUCCCCCGGGAACUCAACUAUUUGGAGCAUAUGGUCAACCAUUAGCAGGCCCAUCAAGUGGUGCAUAUCCGGCUACGAGUCCACAAUAUAGCCAACCGCAACCAUCGCCUACUAACUCGUACGAUUCUUUCUCGGAGGAGAGGCAGGAGAGGCCUGAGCUAAGGAGGCGGCGACCAAGACCUUCAGAUGAGGAGCACGGCGUACGAUUACCACCACCGAAAACGUUUCGGGAUGACAAUCCUCGACGGCGGUCUCCUUCGUCCAGCGGCAGCCCAGGUCGCUUGCAACUGAUACCACCCACACCGGUGUCACUACUACAACCACAACUACAACCUCUAACCGUAUCGUACACUGGGCAUGAUAACAGAACGCCGCCACCGAAAGGCAGCCCAUCUGUUCCUCCGGCGACGCAUCAAAAUACGAGUCAAAAUACGAGUCAUAAUACGAGUCAUAAUACGAGUUCUGUGAUGAGUCUGGAAAACAUAAUGGGCACUGCUCCUAACCCUACCACGGAAUACGAUCAGACAAUGAUAAAGCGACUAAAUCAACGAAGUCAACGAAAGGACUAAACAACAAUAGGACUGCUAGUUUUCAUGGAAGCAAGCACACAGCGGAGGAAUCAGCGGAACUUGUUGAAAGAAAGACCUUGUGAAGGUUGGGAAAUUAAAUGGCUGCUGGCGGCUUGUUCGAACGAUAAAUCGGCGAUGAAUUCUGGGUAUCCUAAUCGGUUCCUAAUCUAUGAGGGUAGUGCAUCUUUAGGCAGCAUUUGCAUUUCGUUUAUUGGGGCGGCGGCUGCGAGUCCAGGGCGUAUUACGCGGAAAUGGGAGAACGGGGCUGCUCGAAAGAUUU